AGUGUCAGUGUUAUUAUUGGUUUUCUCGUGGAGUUGCAAUCCUCAAAGGUGCUUUUUUCGUGGUGCAGUGGAGCAGCCUUUGGCGUCCGGCUCACACAGGUGUUCAGAUCUGUUUUACAUACAGGUUUUUCGCCGGUUUGGUCUGUUUUUUUCGCGCGCGUGUGAUUUGUUGUUGUGUAGUUUUGUCCCCCAUCACUAUUGGCUUAUUACUGUUUCGAGGUGCUCCUUCUUGAUAUCGUUUUUUGAUUUGUGACUGCCACAAAAUGAGUUGACUUUGGAAGGUCAUUGAUCAAGAUGAGAAGGGGAGACUUCAACGCGGUCGUUGAUAAAGUCCAGGUUCGAAUCGGGUCGUUUUGAUGGAGAGGAAUGUUCCAGCAUGAGCAAUUCUACGGUUUGCCAGCGGUUCAUCCAAAAUGCCUGGAAGAAGGAGCGGUGCUCGAACUGCUUCAAAGCGAAAGAGGACCACGUCAAAGUGAACGGAACGAGCAUAAGUUUGAAUUUGACGCAAAUCAAGUCCAUCCAGUCUCUCACCAAUGGGAUUGUCCCCAGGAGUAUCCUCAAAGGGAAAUCGCACACGGGUAAGAAACACACCGUGAGUUUCCUGCCGGAGGAGUUCGAAGUCAUCGGCUAUGGCGGCGACGAGUACUCGUCGGACGAGGAGGACGGCUUCUUCGAGUCCUCCAACGACGACUGCGACAUCAUCUUCCCGGACGGCGAAGACGAGAAAGAACUCCAGAAGCUCACAAGGAUCAACACCGACUUCAACUCGGUCACGGCCAACCUGGACGAGAAGAACGACAAGAAAACCAAGAAGAUCCAACCUCUAGAACUCGGCAAACCUCUGACGGACGGCGAGGGCAAGAAACAAACCCUCCUCGUCUCCGUUGAGCCUUUCGCCACCUCCCAAGCUCCACCCAAGAAGAAAGCAACCCUAAUCAAAUCGGCUUUCGAGAACGAGGACAAGAAUAAACCGGUCGUCAACAACUCCGCACCUUACACCAACUCGAUAGCUUCGUCCAGGAAGACGCAUCUGUUCAAAUUACUCGACACGAACGACGCCGCUGUGACGCAGAACAACACGACGGUCACGAAUCGGGUGGCGGAGAACAACCUCACCAACCUGAUCCUGAACCACGCUCUGAGUCAGAAAGGUAGCGAGGACAAGGUCUAUUCGAGCAACAUCGAGGUGACCUCCGGAGAUGUCUACUUGGAGCCGAUCGCGAGCGAGGAGAUCUCGCCUCCACCGCCGGCGCCCUUCAAUUCCGCCUCCACGAAAGAGCAGGAGAACUGCACCAACGUGGAGGUCGUCCCCGGGGAGCCGGAGAAACCCUCGGACGUCGUCAAGAUGCAGGUGAUGCUGGAGGACAAGUUCCCGACGCCUCCGACGCCACCCCCGAUGCAGGAGAACGGGGGAGACGUGGUUCUGCACCCGAUCGACGUCGCCAAAACGAUCGACGAGAACGUCGAAGAUAGUCAAACCAACGUCCAUGUCAAAAGCAACCUGCGGAUCAGCCUGGACGAGCUCAAGGAGAGCCCCGCGGCGCACCGAGGGACCAACCGGAAGACGCAGAUCACCAGAGGCACCAUCCUGACCAAGGUCCACGAGCCGAUCCGGACCAAGAAGUUCCUCCACCUGUCCGCCGUGGACAUCACGGACGACUCCGCGCACGCUGAAAAGACUGAUAAACAUUUGCUCAAGGAUAGUGAGAAUAGACUGGCUAUGUACAAAAACGAAGAGGUUAAACCGGUGGACUCGGUGGUGUCGAAGAACGCGAAGAACUCUUCCGACUCGCCGAAGACCACGCUCAAAGAGAGCUUCGCGAGCGAGGUGGCUGUGACUAUGAACGGGACGGAGCCGACUGUCGGACGAGAGAACCCCAUUCAACUCCCGCUCAUCAUCAACUCUAGCUAUAGUAAGAUCAACGCGGCUACCAGGGAGAAGCAUGAUGAGGAUGUUCGGACGAACCACUCGCACGUGCAGAACGGUGGCAAGCCGGACUCGUUGGAUUUGAGUGGGACCAACCUGGAGUUGGAGAGUCGGGAGCUGGCUGGUGAGCCGGACGGAAGGGCGGAUUCCGACGAGUCUUCGGAAACGACCGCGUCUCCGUACGUCUCCAUUUCGGCCACCUCCCCUCCCGCCAACCCCAGGUCCUCCUUCUUGCACGGUUUCACCAAGGACAAACCGAAGGUGGCCGUCAGACCGACUUCUUUCUCGCUCCACCAUCACGCGGAACCCUUGACCGCCCUCUGCGAGCAAUUCGUCACGGAGCAAUCGCUCUCUCAAUCACUGGACUACCUGUCAACAGAAUCAUCCUUGAAAAUGAAGCGCCAAGCUCCUCAACCUCCCCCAACACCGUUGACAGAGCCCAAAGUAGACCAUGAUUCUUCUGAUCAAUCACCACAGCAACUAAUAUACAGCCAUCCUCAAAAACCAAAAAAGAACAGUUUGUCCGACUACGAAACAAAGAGAGUCUCUUUGUCUCAUGAUAAUCUAUCUUCCGAUAAACCUAUACCAAGUCCUAUGGUUGAAAAGGCAAGAAAGAUCAAUGGUGCUGCAACCAAAAUGCGUUUUACUCUGAAGAAGUUCUUGCGUUUUAACAGCAAAGAUGAAGACAAACCAGUGGACGAUGCACCUCCAACUCCUUUAUCACCGAAACCUCGUCCAGAAAUCAUACACCCUAUUGACUUGAACAAAUCUGGAGUCGAGGUACUCAGAGGUGAUAAAACAGCCGGAAUCAAUAACAAAGCUUCACCAACAAUUCCAAUGGAUGUUGGAACACCAAAGAAAAAUGGAGCUCCAGCUUCAGGUCGGCCUUCAAAACCGCCCCCUCCCCCUCGCAAUCCAUCAACAACAGUCAGACCGGCCCGACCUCCUCCUCCAGAAACAAAUGGGACAGUUUAUGCUAAUAUUGGUGAACCUCGCCAAAACAUUGCACCAACAAAACCGCAAAGGACUGCCAGUAUUAAAAGAGAACACAGUGUGGACUAUGAACCAAUGCAAAACAAAAAAUUGUCUUGGUAUGAGAAGGAGAAUAUAUACGAGCCAAUCACUGUUACGAAUGGAAUGUUUGACACGCGACUGAAUAACAAUCAUGUGAAAUCGUUUGAACAAGAAUCUAAAGUCAUCAGUAAACCAUCAGAGGACACAAUGAAAAGUAACUCUCUUCGUCUCAGCACCAAGGAGAACUCUAUCAAAGUGGAGCCACCGUUUAAUGUGCAAAAUUCUCAUGACUCGGACAAUGAUGUUUACUAUCCAUACUGCUUUUUUUCAACAGAGGAUAAUAAUGAAGAUGACCACGAGAAGAGAAAAGCAAGACUGCGUCUCAGAAAAGGAAGAAGUGUUGUGCACAAAAGCCUUGAAGAUAAUUAUGGCGCUGUGAUAAUAGCCAAUCAUGAAGCUCUUGCACAAGUUCUAGAUCAGCUUCAACUCAAUCCUGUUGUACCGCCUCAUUUUCGAAGCCUAUCGGCUUCAAGUAAGAUUCGAUGGAGUGACUUUUCAAACAUUGAUAUCACUAAAAGGAAGAUCUUGGCUGACCGAAUAUUUUACUCCGCUGAAUGGAAUUCUCACCCCGUCACACUAUGUAUAUCACAGCUCCAACACUCGCCAUGUACCUUACCUCAACUCUACACCUUAUCACCAAUAACUGAGUUCACUGAUUUUGUAUCUGCAGAGUAUCUGACCACCAACAAAAUACUGAACUCCGAGCAAGUGGCCGUUGCUGUCCUGAGCUCUCAAUUCUUUGACUCUCUGGCAAGCUACUGCAACUUGAAGCCAGCAACUCAAACUGAAAAGGAUAUUGGCUUAAUAGUGAUUCAACUAGUGAACGUUCUCAAGUGUCUCCAAACCUGCGACCAAAUAGACAUUUCCAUGCAAGAACUUGUUUUGUGCAGGGAAGAAGAGGGAAAUGUCCCAAGGCUUUGUGUAGCACCGAUUUCCACUGACUCGCCGAUCCUCAAAGAAAAGGGGAAAGAACGCAUAACUUUGUGCCAAGCAAUGGUUGCUGGGACUGAAAUGUUGUUACCAUCAUCUCCACUGUCAGAAGUGCUGAAGUUUGUCUUGAAAGAUGAACAUGCUUCUUCCCUAUCACAAGCAAAAGCUCUAGUCGAAUUUUGGUUGUGGGGUCCUGCAGAUACAUCUCUAACAGAAGAUCGCCAAGCGGCUUUGCAAAGAUGGCUUGACUUGGAGCGAGCGACAGUCUUACAUGGUUUGGUAAUUUCUCGAAAUCCUCAAGUUUCUCUAAUGGAACACUGCCAUCUCAUGUUCCUGGUUCGAACUAAUGCAAAAAUAAUGGCAGAUUCUUCUUACUUGUUGGAGACGUACAACAAGAAGUAAAGCAAAUACUUAAAUUUAAAUGCUAACUCUGCUCAACACAGUCAUUUUGAAAUGGGAGACUGAUUGAAUAACUGUUAAAAACUAGAAACCAUCUAUCAUGGGAAGCAUCCAAGAAAUCUUUUAAAAAAGUUCAUUAAAUUUUGUUAAAGAUAUGUGUUUAACGCCUUUAACAAUCAAUGUAUCCUGACCAGCCAACAGAAGUUCAGGCACUAUUUUAACAGUUAGGAUUAUAACAACCAACAUAUCAUACCUUAUCUUUAUUCUUCCCCUUUUAUCUUGUUUCCUGCCAUGAACUCUGUAGUGCAUUAAUUGCAAUAAUUAUGAAGUUAGAAAACCAUGCUCAUAAGAUUCAAGUGACUUGCGAACUGGGCGUCAAUUUUCAAGUCAUGGGAACUUCGAAUUGUGAACUGUUGAUUUGUUUUCAGUUGUAAUUGUAAAAAGUGUAUAAACUGUAAAAAAUUGAAAUUUUAAUUGUAAAUUAAUUGCUCAUGAUCAAACUGUGGUAAUAGAAUUUGAAAAAUAGUCUCUUGAUAUUAUCUAGAAUCAGAGCUGAAGCAUGAAAAUUUGAGAUGAUUGCAUGAAGGAUUACAUCAGUCCUCACUAAUUAAGGAUAUGCGAUAAGUGAAGAACUGAACAUUAAAUCCUUCAUUUUCAGAGAGAAUGGAUCAAACCAGAUAGCAUGUCAUACUACAUGGACACAUUUGUUUCUCCUUUAUAAAAUUUUGUUACUGAUUGUUAAAUAAAUUUUUAUAGUCUAUUUA